UUUGCUUACAUUGCAUCACAUUUGCCAUUUUGCUGUCCAGCUGGGAGAAAUUGUUUUGCAGCUUCUCAAAAUCCCUGCUUCUUUUAGCAACCUCCAGCAGCAUAGAACACCGGUCCUAAGAUAUCUUCACUGGCUCCCAGUACAUUUCCAAGCACAAUUCAGAGUGUUGGUGCUGACCAUUAAAGCCCUAAACGGCUUCCGCCCUGUAUACCUGAAGGAGCGUCUCCACCCCCAUCGUUCUGCCCAGACGCUGAGAUCCAGCUCCGAGGGCCUUCUGGCAGUUCCCUCACUGUGAGAAGUGAGGUUUCAGGGAACCAGGCAGAGGGCCUUCUUGGUAGUGGCACCCGCCCUAUGGAACAUCCUCCCAGCAGAUGUCAAAAAGAUAAAUAGUUAUGUGACUUUUAAAAGACAUCUGUAAGCAGCCCUGUUCAGGGGAAUUUUUAGGGUCUGAUGCUACAUUGUGUUAGACUUCCCCCAGUCUAACACGGAGCAUCUGGUUGUGAACUAGAAGUUUGGUGGUUCAAAGAUUGUGGGAAGUAUUCCUGCAUUGCAGGGGGUUGGACUAGAUAACCCUUGGUGCCCCCUCCAACUCCACAAAUCUAUGAGUCUUUGAUUCUAUGGCUCAUCAUCACCACCUUGGAAAUUGAGCCAUGUCUCUUCUGCAGGCUCUCGUCACAAACAGAGGUGUGUAAUGCUUAGAGCCUUGAAGCAGAAGAAACAACCCGAAUUACAGUUACUGUGGGCUGAUUCAUGAGCUGGCAGUCAGCGAAUUACACAACUCAAGCCCGUUGUGUGCAGAGCAAUCAUCCCGCUUCUCCUAAUCACGCCCCCCCCCCCCGCUUCCAAGGCUGCGAGAGUUGAUCUGCUCAAAGGCAGUUUCCCUGAAAGGGAAAAGCGAAACUAGAAGUAGACAUUUCUCAUGCUGAAAGAAGGAAGAUUCCAGGCAAGGAAACCCCCAGGAAGCAGCCAUCCCACCACCAUAAAAAAGCCAGGGGGGAGUUCAGUGAAAGGAGAAGAGGUGUGCCCGGUUCCAGCAAGAGAAGAGCCACAGCAAAUUCUUGCCUUCGGCAGAAGUUCUGUCAACAAACAGUGAGACUCAGCAGCAACCCAGAUCAUCAGCCGCUGCUCCCAGCAAAUUAACUCUGAGGUUCUUUGUCCUGAUCCGUCCCUCUCAUGGACUCUCCGCGGCCUCCGUCAGUGAACAUGGAAGAGCCAGUGUGCCUGAUCGAGAACAACCCCAAUGAACAGCUGCGGGUCAACCAGGAAGCCCUGAAGAUCUUGCAGAGCAUCCAGCAGCCAGUGGUGGUGGUGGCCAUCGUGGGACUGUACCGCACUGGCAAGUCCUACCUCAUGAACAAGUUGGCAGGAAAGAAGAAAGGCUUCUCUCUGGGUGCCACCAUACAAGCAGAGACCAUGGGCAUCUGGAUGUGGUGCCUUCCUCACCCUGAAAAUCCUGGCCACACCUUGGUGCUUUUGGACACGGAAGGACUGGGUGAUGUGGAGAAGAGCAACAUUGAGAACGACGCGUGGAUCUUUGCCUUGUCCAUUCUGCUUAGCAGCACCUUGGUCUACAACAGCAUGGGUAUCAUCGACCAGUUUGCCUUGGAAAAACUGCAGUAUGUGACAGAGCUGACUAAGCGAAUCAAGGUAAAAGCUACAGCCACAAAGACCUCUGAGGAUGGAGAGGAGGAGAGCAGUGACGACUUUCUCAGGUUCUUCCCAGCCUUCGUUUGGGCUGUGCGUGAUUUCACGCUGCAGCUGAAGCUGAACGGAUGCCCCAUCUCUUCCGACAAAUAUCUGGAGAACGCCUUGAGGAGGAAGAAAGGACAACCCGAGAAGCUGGAUCUUGCCAAGAAAUGCAUCCGCCAAUACUUCCCCAGCCGCAAGUGCUUUGUCUUUGACCGCCCGGCCGGAAGCCGAGACUUAUCGGAACUGGACGACCUGUCUGAAAAGAUGCUAAGCCCCAACUUUGUGGUGCAAGCGCACCGCUUCCGCCAGCACAUAUAUGAGAGUGCUCAGCCCAAAAUGAUCGAAGGAGGACACCUGGUGACCGGGACAUUGCUGGGGCACCUGGUGGUGACCUACGUGGAUACAAUCUCCAGUGGCUCCAUACCCUGCAUAGAGAACGCAGUGGUAGCCUUGGCGCAGAUUGAGAACACAGCUGCUGUGCAGGAUGCCAUUACAUACUAUGAAGGAGAGAUAGAGAAACAUUUGAAGCUGCCCACCGAGACUGUCGAGGAGCUGCUGGAAGUGCAUGCCCAAUACGAGAAGGAGGCUAUUAAAGUGUUCUUGGCUCGAGCCUUCAAGGAUGAUGAUCACGACUAUCAGAAAGAACUUGGGGAGCGGCUGCAAUCCAAACUUUCCGAGUUGUGUUCUCGCAAUGAGCAGGCAUCGUUGGAUCAUUGCCAGGCGGUGCUCCUGGAGCUAUUCCAGGACCUGGAGGAGAAGUUCAGCAAGGGGAUCUACUCUGUGGCUGGUGGUUACCUGAAGUUCCUGGAUCACCAGAAGGAAAAAUUGGAACAGUAUCACCUGCUGCCUGGGAAAGGGAUCAUGGCUUCCAAGGCCCUGGACGAAUUCCUGAAAUCCAAGGAGGCAGCAGCACAGUCCAUUCUGCAGGCUGACCGGACCCUCACAGAAAAAGAGAAGGAGCUUGAAGUGGAGCGAGUCCGGGCCGAGGCAUCUGCGCGAGAAGCUAAGCUGCAGGAACAAAUGAAAGAGGAGGCCAUCAAGAUGGCCCAGGAGAAAGAGCGGAGUUAUAAGGAUCAUGAAGCACAGUUAAUGGCCAAGAUGGAAGAAGACAGGAAGAAGAUGCAGGCUGAGCAUGAGAUGGUGAUGAACAGGAAGCUUGAGGAGCAGAGGCGCCUUCAGAAGGAAGGGUUUGAGCAGGAAGUCGCAAAGCUUCAACUUCAGAUCCAGGCACUGCAGAAGACGGUGGAGAUGCAGAGAAAUAGUGGUGGCUCCCGGCAUCGUCGUCGUCGUUGGCGUUUGUAA